AUGACUCUUCGAGAAGUCAACGGUGUCACCAACGGCAGUGCCGCAGAUAAACUCGGUCUCAAAGCCAAAAUUUUCGAACAGGGGAACGAAAUCGGCGGCGUGUGGCACUGGAAUCGAUAUCCUGGAGCGAAGGUAGAUUCCGAAUCACCACUGUACAUGUUCCACAUCCCCGAGCUGUGGAACAAGUUCAAGUACAAGGAGCGGUUCCCGGACGCCAAAGAGCUCCGCCGCUAUCUUAACUACGCGUCCAACACGCUAGAUUUAAAGAAGGACACCUACUUCCACUCCAAGGUGAUCCACGCCCAGUUCGACAAAGCCACAGGUCGAUGGACCGUCAACACCAACGCCGGCCACACAACCACCGCAAAGUACUUGGUCAUGUGUGUCGGCUUGCUACACAUACCAGGCACGGGUGAUUUCAAAGGCGCCAUGUACCAUUCACCCAACUGGCCGGAAGGCGAUAGCGAAGUGGCCAAGGAGGCCGACCACCUGGACGUCUACAUCCGCAAGAUCAGCCUCUGCCUUCCCAUGCACCAGAGGGAGAAUCGUGAGGACAAACACCUCCGGCACAAGGCCUAUUACCACUCGUUUUUCGCCGCGAGCAAGAAACCUCGGGUCGGGUCUCCCGUCCAGGGUCCCAACGCGGCGUCUUCGACGUCACUCCCGAGGAACGUGAAGAGCACUGAGAGCUAG